GGUGGUUCGCUUUUCAUACAAAAGUCAAUCAAAGUUCAUUAAGUAACUACACACUAUUAGUACAUAAAUAUUUCCGCACUUAUCUUCUUUCACAUAUUCGUUUGCGCGAAAUUAACAGGAAAACAAUGUUUCAUACAGAAAUCAUGCAAAAAUCAUAGUUAAAUUUUCAUCAAAUUUACGUAUGUGUGUGUCACAAAUGUCGUGUACAUAUACGUUGUGACGUUGCCAAUCCAUGCUUUACAUUCUCGCGCGAGCCACGAGACGAGAUUACAGUGCCGUCAUGUUUAGCCUUCUGAGUUGCUUUUGAGUCCCUGAGGCCCUUACAAAGGAUUUAAUCCAAAUUGAAUUUUGAAUUAAAAUGGAAUACAAGAAGGUUCCAAAUACAAAACUGCAAUAAUGACAAGCGGGACUCAGGAGGUUAGUGCAUUUUUUGUUGACACUGACACUUGACAGGUAUUUGAUAUACAUCAAAACGUUUGUAAUGUGUCCUUGUGAAUUUUAUUCGUUAGUAAAAUGAUAACGUCUAAAUCGAAUUAUAAAAAUCAUCGGUAUUCUGGGCCGCGUAAAUCCAGAAACAGAGUUCGCGGAGCAUUAAAGCGCAAUCAUGACGGUGAUGUGUCUCGUGUAGACGUAUGGCGUAAAAAGAGAAAAAUAGAAAUACCUCAAAAUGAAGCAGCUGAAAGUGCAGGACAAAAUAUUGUCAAAACUUAUAGUAGGCAAGUGCCAGUCGUACAUGUAGAGGCUACUUUUGAUGCAAAAUCUCAUCAGCCAUCAACUAGUAAUAAUAGUAAAGCUUUGCCUCUGAAGCCUGAAACUAAGGCUUUGGAAAUAAACUGGCCAGUAACUGAUCCAACUUUGGCAUGCCAUGAAUUGACUAUUGAGAAAAGUGUUGAUAAUAACUUGAUUGGUCUGACUGGGAACAGAAUUGUUGACAUCCAACACAUCCUUCACUGGGCAUUUGCUCUGGGAAAGCACACAAAAACUUGCGCAAAUAGUACCAUUGAGUUUGUCAGAGAGCUGCGGAACGGCUUCAACAGUAUAUUCAUUUUUAAAUGCAGCAUGUGUGAUAAAGAAUUUCGAGAGAGCAAUGAGAAUAGUGAUCAUGAAAAACUAAACACAGGCUUUGUGUGGGGAACAGUAACGGGUGCAGGUUAUUAUACACAAGCGUCUCAUUUGACUAACGUAAUGGAUAUCCCCACAAUGGGUCCUUCAAAAUUUAGAAAGAUAGAAAAAUCACUGGGAGAUACAUGGAAAGAUCAAUUGACAGAAGAAAUAAAGAAUGUAGGACAACAAGAGAGAGCUAUAGCUAUUGAAAAAGGUCAAAUUACUGACAAUGGCAUUCCAUACAUAGAAGUUGAAGUGGAUGGUGGGUGGGCCAAGAGGAGCUACGGUCAUAACUAUAACUCAGCAUCUGGUAUGGCUUGCAUCAUUGGGAAAAACACAAAGAAGUGCUUGUAUAUUGGCAUAAAAAACAAGUAUUGUUAUCAUUGUCAUUUAUACGAGAAAGACAAUAAGGAUGUGCCGCCACACAAAUGUUUCAAAAAUUACCAGGGAUCAUCAACUGGUAUGGAGGCAGAAAUAUUGGUGGAAGGCUUUCAAAAGUCAGAAGAAAUGCAUGGUGUACAAUAUCUUUCAUUUAUUGGAGAUGGUGAUUCCUCUGUUUUCGCUCAAUUGAAUGAAAAAGUGUCAUAUGGUCAAAAAAUACGGAAAACAGAGUGCAAAAAUCAUGUUAUAAAAAAUUAUACAAGUAAACUAUAUAAGAUACUGCCUGAUACCAAAUUACCAUUGUAUGGUCGCAAAAUGUUGAAAGCCAGGUUAUCAAAACUAACUACAAUUUCGAGGAAAAUUAUCUUGCAUCACGCCGGAAAUAGGUUGGCGAUGAGAAAUGACCUGCAGUAUGGCCCUUCACAUGUGUUUGGGGAACAUGAAAAAUGCCAAGAUUAUUUUUGUAAAUACAUUGCAACUGGCGAGCAAGAUGUAAAUUAUGUGAAGAGUAUGAAGGAAAAGGCCCCUGCCGUUUGGGCACUUAUUUGUGCUGCAAAUGAAUUUGUAAUCACUAAAACAAAUCGGUUGUCAAAUGAUACAACCAAUCAUGUUGAAAACUUUAUGAGCAUUAUAAGUAAAUUCAACUGCGGCAAGCGGCUUAAUCUUCAUACAGGUGGAUCUUAUCAGCGUAGAGUGACGGUUGCAGGGCUCUCACAAGUAACUGGCCAAACUUGGCAUAAGUCUGCGUGGCGAAAAUGUACUAACAGUUCCCCAGGCAAAACUUUUAGAAAAUAUAUUGGCCAGAGACAGAGGACUGAAGCGCGGAGGAAACUCUACAAACGCAGACGACUUUUUCAUGCUAAGCCACCUCAGCCCGAUAAAAAUUAUGGUCCUGAAGCUCAAGACACAGCAGACCCAGUAAAUCUUGAUGACCUAAAGAAAAUAUGUGCUGAUAAGUUGCCUGAAUUCAACAAAACUGCUGAUGAAAUCAAGGCCAUAGAAGAAAGCACUAUUGGUCAACAUGAAAAUGAUCUGUACAAUAUGUAUAGGAGUGACAGGUUGACAGCAAGUCAAUUUGGAGUGAUAUGUAAGCGAAGAAAAACUACGCCGUCUCACAACCAUGUCAAACAAGUGCUUUACAAAAGCAAUAUUUACACAAAAGACAUGCUUUAUGGACAACAGAACGAAUCGGUGGCGAGAACGUACUUUAUAGAAAAUUACAAAAAGACGGUUCGUCAAGCUGGACUAUACAUUGAUGCCGAAUUUGGGUUUCUGGGCGCUAGUCCUGAUGGUAUCCUGGUUAAUGAAGAGGCGAUCUUGGAAAUAAAAUGUUUUCCUUCAUUAGCCAGGAAACAUCAGGACAUCCUCAGUGCGUCAAAGGAAAACAAAAAUUUUCCUGUGGUCCAAAAAAAUGGAAUUUUGUCCCUGAACGAAAAACACCAUUAUUACUAUCAGGUACAGGGACAACUACGAAUAACAAAUAUGAAAAAAUGUUAUUUCAUUUGUUAUGUGAAUCCAUCUACACCAAUAAGUGUCAUUGAAGUCUACAAAAAUGAUCAGUUCAUAGAAAAUAUGAUCCAGAAAUUAGUUCACUUUUAUAAAAACUCUAUUUUGCCAGAGAUUGUACUUAGGCGAAUACCUAAGGGAGCUAAAUCUAUUGAUCUUGAAUAAUUAGUAGGCCAGUAUAUGACUUCAAGGUUAUGUCUUCAACUAUUAGUUACAGAACACAAUAAAAUACAUAAACACAAGAAUUUCAAACGGGUUUCAUCUACUGAGUGUAUGGCAUCCAAUGAUCCGUUUAAUGAAAGUUACAGUCAUUCUGAAGUUAUGCCACAGAAUAACUAAUAGUACUACCGUACAGAAAAUUCACUCCUUCACAAAAGUCAGAUUUAGGUAUAAAAUUAUACCUAUACUCACCGCCUGCAACAAAAUUGAAAUUUAUAACCGCGCACGAACCGUGAAUCUUCUUUGCGCGAGCGCCACGUGACACGACGAUCGUGCGGUCGAGCGGCAGCCCACUGCCAUACGCCUGC